GGAACACUGCCCCAGUAGUUACCUCCAGACCUCAGGGGCUGAAGUCACCGCUGGUCCUCCAUGGAUGCCCAGGCCUGCUCCAGUUCCCGCCUUUUGCCCUCCUCUUCCCAGUUUCUCCCUCUCGUUCCACACUAGACCAGCUUUCUCCACUCAGCAUUCUUCUUUCUCCAUCUUUCACAUGGGCCUCUCCCACCAUCGGGUCUCAGCCCCAUCUCUCUCUCUCGGCCUCCCUCAUCCCUUCUCCCUCUCCCUCCGCCUCUCCACCUCUCCUUCCUUCCCCUCCCUCCCCCUUCCCCCCUUUCCUCUCCCUCCCUCUCGGCUCCCGCAUUUCCCCUCGGCGGCCGGCGGCUCCGACAUCAUGCUCCGGCUCCUCCGGCCGCUGCUGUUACUGCUGCUGCUGCCUCCCCCGGGGUCCCCUGAGCCCCCUGGCCUGGCCCAGCUGUCCCCGGGAGCGCCCCCGCAGGCCCCCGACUUGCUCUACGCGGACGGGCUGCGCGCCUACGCGGCCGGGGCUUGGGCGCCGGCCGUGGCGCUGCUGCGGGAGGCGCUGCGGAGCCAGGCGGCGCUGGGCCGGGUGCGGCUGGAUUGCGGGGCGAGCUGCGCGGCCGAGCCGGGCGCCGCGCUCCCCGCCGUGCUUCUCGGGACCCCGGAGCCCGACCCCGGGCCGGGACCCACGCAGGGGUCCUGGGAGCGACAGCUCCUCCGUGCAGCGCUCCGCCGCGCAGACUGCCUGACCCAGUGCGCAGCACGGAGGCUGGGCCCCGGGGGCGCGGCGCGGCUUCGCGUGGGGAGCACGCUCCGGGACGCCUUCCGCCGUCGGGAGCCCUACAACUACCUGCAGAGGGCCUAUUACCAGUUGAAGAAGCUGGAUCUGGCGGCCGCGGCAGCACACACCUUCUUUGUAGCAAACCCCAUGCACCUGCAGAUGCGAGAGGACAUGGCUAAGUACAGACGAAUGUCGGGAGUUCAGCCCCAGAGCUUCCGGGACCUGGAGACGCCCCCACACUGGGCAGCCUAUGACACCGGCCUGGAGCUACUGGAGCGCCAGGAGGCAGGACUGGCACUGCCCAGGCUAGAGGAGGCCCUGCAGGGGAGCCUGGCCCAGAUGGAGAGCUGCCGUGCUGACUGCCAGGGCCCUGAGGAGCAGGAGGGGGCUGAAGAAGAGGAGAAUGGGGCUGGGAGCCAGGGGGGCCUCUAUGAGGCCAUUGCAAGACACUGGAUUCAGGUCCUGCAGUGCCGGCAACGCUGUGUAGGGGAAACAGCCACACGCCCUGGUCGCAGCUUCCCUGUCCCAGACUUCCUUCCCAGCCAGCUGAGGCGGCUACAUGAGGCCCAUGCUCAGGUGGGCAAUCUGUCCCAGGCUAUAGAAAAUGUCCUGAGUGUCCUGCUCUUCUACCCGGACGAUGAGGCUGCCAAGAGGGCUCUGAACCAGUACCAGGCCCAGCUGGGAGAGCCGAGACCUGGCCUCGGACCCAGAGAGGACAUCCAACGCUUCAUCCUCCGAUCCCUGGGGGAGAAGAGGCAGCUCUACUAUGCCAUGGAGCACCUGGGGACCAGCUUCAAGGAUCCUGACCCCUGGACCCCUGCAGCUCUCAUCCCUGAGGCACUUAGAGAAAAGCUCAGAGAGGAUCAAGAGAAGAGGCCUUGGGACCAUGAGCCCCCGAAGCCAAAGCCCUUGACCUACUGGAAGGAUGUCCUUCUCCUGGAGGGUGUGACCUUGACCCAGGAUUCCAGGCAGCUGAAUGGGUCGGAGCGGGCGGUGUUGGAUGGGCUGCUCACCCCAGCUGAGUGUGGGGUGCUGCUGCAGCUGGCUAAGGAUGCAGCUGGGGCUGGAGCCAGGUCUGGCUAUCGUGGUCGCCGCUCCCCUCACACCCCCCAUGAACGCUUCGAGGGGCUCACAGUGCUUAAGGCUGCACAGCUGGCCCGGGCUGGGACAGUGGGCAGUCAGGGUGCUAAGCUGCUUCUGGAGGUGAGCGAGCGGGUGCGGACCUUGACCCAGGCCUACUUCUCCCCGGAACGGCCCCUGCAUCUGUCCUUCACCCACCUGGUGUGCCGCAGCGCCAUAGAAGGAGAGCAAGAGCAGCGCAUGGACCUGAGUCACCCAGUGCAUGCAGACAACUGUGUCCUGGACCCCGACACCGGAGAGUGCUGGCGGGAGCCCCCAGCCUACACCUAUCGGGACUACAGUGGACUCCUCUACCUCAACGAUGACUUCCAGGGUGGGGACCUGUUCUUCACCGAGCCCAACGCCCUCACUGUCACGGCUCGGGUGCGUCCUCGCUGUGGACGCCUUGUAGCCUUCAGCUCCGGUGGGGAGAAUCCCCAUGGGGUGUGGGCCGUGACUCGAGGACGGCGCUGUGCCCUGGCACUGUGGCACACAUGGGCACCUGAGCACAGGGAGCAGGAGUGGAUAGAAGCCAAAGAACUGCUGCAGGAGUCAGAGGAGGAGGAGGAAGAGGAAGAGGAAGAAAUGCCCAGCAAAGACCCUUCCCCAGAGCCCCCUAGCCGCAGGCACCAGAGGGUCCAAGACAAGGCUGGAAAGGCACCUCGGGUUCGGGAGGAGCUGUGAGUGGCUGAGCCAGCUCCUUGAGGAUGGGGCCACUUGACUUGUGCAAGGCCAUCUUGAUGCCAGGACCCACAGAAAGCCCCUGCGUGACAUCAGGAGCAGAACAGCAAGCUCUCUGUCCCUGCACCCCCACCAUCUUGGGGACCCACAAGGGCCUGGACUCAGAGGACAAUGCACAGGGUAGCCUGGAGCUCACCAGGGCUGGGGAGCCGGGACUGGGCCCAGCUGCCAGACCUGCAGCCCUGGACAGAUGGGGAACACUGUGCCUCCCUGAACGGAAAUGGCAGGGGAGGAGGCUGAUGCUUUAAAUGAAGAGGAUGGUGGGGUUGGGGGUAUAACCCUGCUGCUCUCUCCCAGUCUGUGCAAUAAAGGUCAUGAAGAUCCCUCA